CCCGCCCGCCCGCCGGGAGCGCCCUGGCCGAGGCCGCCCGGUUCGGCGCGCGCUGCUCGCAGGUUCCAUUGAGAAAAGCCGAGCGGCGGCGGCGUCUGCGCGGGAGCCGAGGAGCCGGCAGCAGCCCGCCGCCCGCCGCCCCCGGCGGUCGGCGCGCCCGCAGCGCAGGGCCUUGCCUCCGGCCUCCGCAGCGGCUCCGGGCCGGGCGCGGCGGGCUGGGGCGCGGGCCGGGGCGGCCGCGGAGCCCGGGGGCCGGGGGCAUGAGCCGCCCCGCGGCCCCGCCGCGCCCCCGCCGCCCGCCGCCGCCCUCCAGGGGCUAGAGGCGGCCGCCGGGAGGGCGCGCGGCGCCGGAGACAUGUCCAGGAGGAAACAGAGCAACCCCCGGCAGAUCAAGCGUUCCCUUGGAGACGUGGAAGCUACGGAAGAGGCUCAGGCCAUGGACGCCAGCUGCCCAGAGCGGGAGGCCGGAACACCGGAGCCCGAGGCCGCAGGAGAGCCCGAGCCCCUGAGCCCUUCCAGUCCAGACGCUAAUCCCCCACCCCCACCAUCGCCACCGCCCCCCACGCCCCCAGGAGGCCCCGAGGAGAUGAAGGGGCAGGAGUCGGAGACAACGCUGGAGGAGGAGUCUGGCGUCUCCUGGAGCGGGCCAGACGAGCUGGAGCUGCUGGUGCGGGACAGGCAGAGGUGCGUGCGGGCUCGGCGCAGCCUCACCGAGGGCCUGUCCUGGGGCCCGUUCCGCGGGGACGUCCAGAGCAGAGCCUCGUCCCCUGGGCAGGUGGAACCGGGCCCCGCCCUGACGCUGCUGCUGGAGGACCAGCCCUGCUGGCUGACGUCGCUGCCACAGGCCCUGACCGAGGCCGAAGCCAACGCGGAGAUCUACCGGAAGGAUGAAGCCCUCUGGUGCAGACUCACCAAGCCGGUGCCCGCGGGCGGCCUGCUGAGCGUGCUGGUCACGACGGCCGAGCCCCGGGGCACCCCCAGCCACCCUGUGAAGGAGGAGCCGGCAGAGCCCGAGUGCCCGGCCCCUGCCGACAUCCAGCUCCUGCCACAGCAGGCCGGCAUGGCGUCCAUCCUGGCCACAGCGGUCAUCAACAAGGACGUCUUCCCCUGCAAAGACUGUGGAAUCUGGUACCGCAGCGAGAGAAACCUGCAAGCCCACCUGCUCUACUACUGCGCCAGCCGCCAGACCACCGGCUCCACGGCCGCCGCCGACGACAAGCCCAAGGAGACCUACCCCCACGAGCGCGUCUGCCCCUUUCCCCAGUGCCGCAAAAGCUGCCCCAGCGCCAGCUCCCUGGAGAUCCACAUGCGCAGCCACAGCGGAGAACGCCCCUUCGUAUGUCUGAUCUGCCUGUCGGCCUUUACCACCAAGGCCAACUGUGAGCGGCACCUGAAGGUGCACACGGACACGCUGAGCGGUAUCUGCCACAGCUGUGGGUUCAUCUCCACCACAAGGGACAUCCUCUACAGCCACCUGGUGACCAACCACAUGGUCUGCCAACCGGGCUCUAAGGCGGAGAUCUACUCACCAGGGGCCGGGCACCCCGCCGCCAAGCUGCCCCCAGACAGCCUGGCCAGCUUCCAGCAGCACACGGCCCUGCACGGCCCCCUGGCUUCUGCUGACCUGGGCCUGGCGCCCACCCCGUCGCCCGGACUGGACAGGAAGGCCCUGGCAGAGACCACCAACGGAGAGACCAGAGCCGCCCCGCAGAACGGGGGCAGCAACGAGCCCCCGGCGGCGCCCCGGGCCAUCAAGGCGGAGGCCACAACGGAGGAGCCCGAGGCGGAGCCAGGGCCCACGGCCGCAUCGCGGUCACCCUCACCGCCCAGCCCCGCUGCGGCCACGGUGAAGCCCGAGCUGUCCAGCCCCACGCCCGGCUCCAGCCCUGGCCCCGGCGAGCUGGGGCUGGCGGCCGGCGCGCUCUUCCUGCCGCAGUUCCCCGCCGCGCCGCCGGCCUCGGAGAUCCUGGCCAAAAUGUCCGAGCUCGUGCACAGCCGGCUGCAGGCGGGAGCGGGGGCGCAGGCCGGCCUCUUCGCGGGGGCCCCCAAGGGCGCCACGUGCUUCGAGUGCGACAUCACCUUCAACAACGUCAACAACUUCUACGUGCACAAGCGCCUCUACUGCUCCGGCCGCCGCCCGCCCGACGACGCGCCCCCCGCGCGCAGGGCCAAGGUGCCCCAGCCCCCCGCCCGCGCGCCCCCCGGCCCGCCGCCCGCAGAGGCCGAUGCGAGGCACGCGUCGCCAGGCUCCGGGACGCGCGAGGACGAGGCGGGGGGCGCAGCCAGCCCCGAGGCCGAGCCCGAGGCCGAGCGGGGCGGCCGGGGCCGCGAAGGCAGUCCAGGGAGCCCGAGCCCGGGCAGCGGGGCGGACGAGGACGACGACCCCCGCCGGACGCUGUGCGAGGCCUGCAACAUCCGCUUCAGCCGCCACGAGACCUACACGGUGCACAAGCGCUACUACUGCGCCUCGCGUCACGACCCGCCGCCGCGCCGGCCCACGCCCGCCGGGACCCCCGGGACCCCCGCGCCGGCCGCGCCCGCCGCGCCGCCCGUGCGCACGCGCAGGCGCCGCAAGCUGUACGAGCUGCACGCGGCCGGCCCGGCCCCGCCCCCCGCCGCCGGCCCCGCCCCCGCGCCGCCCGGCCCCGCCCCCGAGCCGCCCGCGUCGCCGUCGCCCCGGCCCGGAAGCGGAAGCGGCAGCGGCCCCGGCAGCGGCGGGCCCGACGCCGCCGACGGCCCCAUCGACCUGAGCAAGAAGCCGCGGCGGCAGGCGCCCGGCCCCGCUCCCGGCCUGCCCGCGCUGGCCGACUACCACGAGUGCACGGCCUGCCGCGUGAGCUUCCACAGCCUCGAGGCCUACCUGGCGCACAAGAAGUUCUCGUGCCCCGCCGCCCCGCGCCACCUGCGCGCCGCGCCCGAGGACGCGCCCGGCGGCGCCGUCGUGUGCCCCUACUGCCCGCCCAACGGCGUGGUCCGCGGCGACCUCAUCGAGCACUUGCGCCUGGCGCACGGCCUGCCGCUGGGCCAGCCCCCCGCCGGCCCCGGCGCCCGGACGCCCUCGCCCGCCGCCCCCCGCGACGGCCGCAACGGCCAGGAGCCGCGGGAGCCGGCCCCCGGCGCGGCGGACGGCAGCCCCCGGCCCGGCCCGCCGCCCGCCCCGAGCCCCGAGGCCGUGCUGCCGCCGCCGCCGCCGGCGCCCCCCGCCCACCCGGACAAGGGCGCCCAGACCCCCGGCAAGGGCGCGCCCGCGCCGCCGGGCAGCCAGCGGUACUGCCGCCUGUGCAACAUCAAGUUCAGCAGCCUGUCCACCUUCAUCGCCCACAAGAAGUAUUACUGCUCCUCGCACGCGGCCGAGCACGUCAAGUGAGCGGCCGGGGCGCGCCUGGCGCCCCCGCUGCAGCGCGGGCCUCGGCGAGGGGCUGCGGGGGACAGCGCCCGCCCGGACCCUUGGCACUUAAUAAAGAGGUUCAGUCUGAUGCGCACAGUA